GCAGCUGAAAGUUUGAUAAGAGGAGAGUUUAAAAGUGACACCAGAGAGGAUGUUUUCAUUUGUCCACCGUCACGCUGACUCGCGUAUUUGUGAGGUGUGACCUGAAGCUGUGUGACUUAGAGGUUUGUGUGUCCGCUGAGGUUUCUGAGAGGAGAAAAUGAGCAUUAAUGGCAAUGCAAACGCCGACUUAUACAGUCAGUGCGCCGCCGGGAACACAGAGAGCAACGAAGCUACACCUUUAUUAACAAAUGGAACAGGGCAGAGCAGAGUCAAAGGAGCCUCCUUUGCUUCAUGUGUGUUUAAUCUGAUGAAUGCAAUCAUGGGCAGUGGUAUACUUGGGCUAGCUUAUGCUAUGGCAAGCACUGGCAUCGUUGGUUUCUGUAUCCUGCUUGUGCUUGUGUCUAGCCUGGCGGCAUACUCUAUACAUCUCCUUCUGAAGCUAUGUGACCAAACAGGUAUCAAUUCAUAUGAAGACCUUGGAGGGCGAGCCUUGCAGAAACCAGGAAAAGUUCUGGUUGGAAUUGUUAUUGUUAUCCAAAAUAUUGGUGCCAUGGCAUCCUAUAUGUUCAUCUUGAAGUCGGAGCUUCCUGCAGCCAUCAACAGCUUCCUGAGCCCAGGCAACCCAGAAGGUGCCUGGUAUGAAGAUGGCCGGUUGCUACUGAUCCUUAUCACUAUAUGUAUUGUUCUACCUCUGUCAAUAUUGCCUAAGAUUGGCUUCCUGGGCUACACCAGCAGCCUCGCCUUCUUCUUCAUGCUGUACUUUGCAGUUGUGAUUGUGGUGAAGAAAUGGUCCAUCCCCUGCCCACUGCCACAUAAUGUAACUACAUUAUCAUGUGACUUCCAGAUAUCAAAUUCAUCUGACUCAGAAUGUACGCCCAAACUCUUUGUCAUCUCCAGUAAGAGUGCCUACACCCUCCCCACCAUGGCCUUCUCCUUUCUGUGCCACACAGCCAUCCUGCCAAUCUACUGCGAACUGGACCGACCUUCUAAGGUCAGAAUGCAGAACAUUACGAAUGUCAGCAUCAGCCUCAGUUUCCUGCUUUACCUAAUUUCUGCACUGUUUGGCUACCUCACCUUCUACGCUAACGUGGACUCUGAGCUGCUGCUUGGCUACGAUGCUUACAUGCCGCGGGACAUCAUGGUGAUUACAGUUCGCCUGGCCAUCCUGGUGUCGGUGUUGCUGACUGUGCCACUUAUCCACUUCCCUGCUCGUAAGGCUUUGAUCAUGCUGUUGUGUGGAGGUCGACCAUUCUCCUGGCUUAUCCACAUCAUGGCAACUCUAGUAAUCCUGGGCGUGGUGCUGAUGCUCGCCAUCUUUGUCCCUGAUAUCAGAAAUGUGUUUGGAAUAAUCGGAUCGACGACGUCCAGCUGUCUCUUGUGUGUUUUCCCCGGCAUCUUCUACCUCAAGAUUAGCAGGCAGUCCCUCAAAUCUUUUGACUCCAUCGGGGCGAUGUCUCUGGUGGUCCUUGGUUUGAUUAUGGGAAUCAUCAGCUUCUCUGUCAUUGUCAUCACAUGGGUGCAAAGCUCCUAGCCCCCCCUCCCUGCCUCCCUUCCUAAAUCAAGCACAAGAGCAAAUAAGGGAAAACAUGCCAAAUAAACUGAAUAUUGGAUGAAGUAAGGGAACAAACAGAUGCUAAUCAGCAUCACCUCAGGCAGAUUAUUUAUAGUAAAGCUGUUCUCAGCACGAGGCAUGAGACAGAUGUUUUCUUUUUUUUUUUGUACUGUGUUACUGACAAACAUGGACCAAACUCAGCACAUACGAUCUAAACCUAAACAAGACUUCAUGUUUUUUUCCAAACAUUUCUACACAUCUUUACCCAAUUUUAGGGUGAUUAUUUGCAAUGUCUGAAAGUUUGCAAAUGUGUAUCAGUCUUAGUUUGUUUUUAAUCUGCAUGGAACAACUGAUGGGUGAAGUGUCAGAGAAACACAAGAGGUGCCAAGCAUUACCAUUACCUUCCAAUUUAUUUCAAGUAACAUUUGAUCUUUUCUCUGUUUCCAUUUUAACGUUCAGCUAUUGUGUUGUUCUGUGUGGAUAAUCAUGCACCUUUCAUGAACUAAAAUAGUCUUCCACAAAUAUUUAAAAAUGCUGUCAACCAAGUCUGAGCCGUAAAUGUGUCAGGUUUACUGCUUUCUCUAAUUUGGUUUAUGGCGCAUUUUCAGUUUUAAAUACACAUUUAAUUAGCUGAUUUAAGGGUUUUUAUUUUUUAUUUUAUUCACUAUUUUUUUACCUUAAUUAAAACAUUAAUUUUUCACUUUACGUCCAAACCACAUGUAUAAAAGUUUCUGCUGCUGCUUGGGUAACAAAAACUGAACACAACACUCCAGGCAUGUUAAUCACAAUGUACUGAUUGUAGUUAUAAUGUAAAAUGAUUCAUAAUAUUCUUCAAAUGAAAGAUGUUGUUUAUGUAAAUUUGGUCAUUAAACCACCACACUGUCUUUAUCGAUGUUGUGGAUAACUCAUCAGUAACGUGUCACUUUCAUGGCAGCGCAUUUGAUUG